UCUCCUCCUCGCCGUUCCCGCGCACGGGGUCGCGCUGCGUGAGCGCGCCCGCCGUCUGUGUGAAGGAUAGAGAGAGCCGUGACGGCCGAGGCUGCCCCCGCCGGCACCCAUGGGAGGGUGUGUGGGCACUCACCACGACUCCUCGGGAAGCCUGAACGAGAACUCGGACGGGACCGGAGUGGCCUUAGGUCGUAACCAACCUUUGAAAAAAGACAAACCCAAAUGGAAAAGUGACUACCCUAUGACCGAUGGACAGUUACGCAGCAAAAGAGAUGAAUUCUGGGAUACUGCACCUGCUUUCGAAGGGCGCAAAGAGAUUUGGGAUGCUCUGAAGGCAGCAGCACACGCCUUUGAGAGUAAUGACCAUGAACUGGCACAGGCAAUCAUUGAUGGUGCAAGUAUAACAUUACCGCACGGUGCCCUUACAGAGUGUUACGAUGAACUGGGAAAUCGGUACCAGCUUCCCGUUUACUGCCUUGCCCCUCCAAUCAAUAUGAUAGAGGAGAAGAGCGACACAGAGACUCUGGACAUCCCUGAACCCCCUCCAAAUUCUGGCCAUGAAUGCCAGCUACGCCUACGCCUUUCCACGGGCAAGGAUCUUAGACUUAUGGUGCGUAGCACGGACACAGUGUAUUACAUGAAACGGCGUCUCCACACAGCAGAAGGGGUGGAGCCCGCUAGCCAGCGCUGGUUCUUUUCGGGAAGGCCGCUGACAGACAAAAUGAGGCUGGAAGAACUGAAGAUCCCACGGGACUAUGUAGUACAAGUCAUAGUGAGCCAACCUGUUCCGAAUCCAACACCAGUGGAAAAUUGAUCAUCUCAAAAAGAAGGAAAAAAAAAAAAGACACGCACAACCGUCCUCUUUCUCUACUUUAAUCACUCCUUGAUAUGUUUGUACUCAGCCUGUAACUUUUUUCUUUUUUAAUUAUUUCCACUACAAUUUAAAGUUGAACCUUCGUUGCAGGCCACUUUGGCAGCAAAAGACUUAAAUGGCGGGUUCAAAAAAAACAUACAUGUAACCGAAAAGGAAGAGCCGGGCCUUCCUUUGAGGUCUGGGGGAGGGUAGAAAUUUAGUCCUGUUUCUUAAUAUUACAACAAGAGACUUUUUAUAACAUCAGGGAAAAAAAUUACAUUUUUUUAAACUGUUCUUAAAGGUUUGAACUGUACGUGAAGUAUCUAGCAUUGCACUUUUAAAAACAAAAAAAAAGAAAGUUUAAAAAAAGCAAAAUUUUUGUUAAUUUUUAUGAAUACACCACACACAUCUCUUUCCCGGACACGUAUAAAUGAUAUUUAGCAGCUGCUACAUUGUGAUUUGCACUGAUGCCUUGACCCAGCCAAGCUGCUGAAACUGAGACAGUGGCACUUGUAUUUAUAGAGAAAAUACAUUACAUGUUACUGUGCAAUCAAUGGUAACUUGCAGGUUAAGUCCUCACCGGUAGUAAGUCAUAUUAUUACAUUUAUCCAAUAAGAUUAGUUUUAGGGAGCUUCUGUUUAUAAUCUUUUCAU